ACGACAAUGGCGAAGGAUCUCGUGACCUUACUGUGGCUGUCGGCGGCGCUGACCGCGGUCCUGGCGCUACCGACGAGCGACAAGACCACCGGAAGUGACAACGACCUGAUGGCGAGCAUAUACGCCGACUGCCUGAAGAAGGAGUCCAUCAGCUGCAUCAAGUACAAAGUAUUCACGUACGUCGACAAGAUGCUGGCCGACAAGGAGGACAUCACGCUGUCCGAGGGUAUCACCGUGGUGAAGACGUCCAACGCGGAAGAGGGUGCACCAAGAUCCAUCGAGUCCAGCGACUUGGAUACGCUGUUGUUCGAUCGGCUUGGAAGAUUCCUGAGGACGCACACGGUUAAAGUGGACCUCAAGGGCAGCGACAUCCUGGGCGCGAUCGAGUCCGUAGGGCGCAGCUUCGAGGACUACAGCGACAACGCUGUCGAGAGCCGCGGCAAGAAGAAAAAGGCGCAGAAGAUUCUGGGACCACUGAUGAUGGCCAUGGCGAUGAAGGCGGCCGCCCUGCUGCCCCUCGCCCUCGGCGCGAUCGCCAUGAUCGCCGGCAAGGCCCUGCUGGUGGGCAAGAUCGCCCUCGUGAUCUCGGCCAUCAUCGGGCUGAAGAAGCUCCUCGGCUCCCAGCAGAAGCACGUGACUUACGAGGUGGUGUCGCACCCGCAUCACAGCAGCAGCCACGUCGUCAGCCACGACGACGGUGGCCAUGGUGGCGGCUUUGGUGGUGGCGACUACGGCGGCGGCUACGGCGGCGGCGGCGGCGGCAGCAGCGGACACGGCUGGGCCAGAAGUCUACCGCAGGACGCCCACGAAAUCGCGUAUCGCGCCCAUCAACCUCAAGCACAGGCUUAAUCGUAGAAAGUUUUCAUCUCCCUCAUUUCCCUCUCGUUUCCUUUCGUCUCUCUCUUUGAUUUCCUCUCCUUUCUCCUGCCUCCUCUCGCCCCGCUUGCUCUUCGUUAUCUUAUCUUUGUUAUCGAAUUUUCUCUUUUCUCCAUCUCGUCAUUUCCCAUGUCGCUACUGUGCUACGAUGCUCGGUCCGUUUCUCGUUCCGGAAAAGAAAGCUGGAGCUCUCUUGCAGGUCCCACUAUCUUCCGCCACCUUGGCUUGACUCGAGGAUCGAGCUUACUUCGAUUUCCUGUUUUCUUUUUCCCUUUUCCCUUUCGUCCUUUUGGCUAAUUUUCUCUCACGUCCUUUCUCUUUCUCGCCUCGUUUCCCUCUUCUUCACCUUACACCAAUGGUCGAUUCAUCCCACGGCCAGUCACCAGUACCUCUGGGAAAUGCUCAUUGUUUUAUGUGUAUUAGAUUUACGUUGCGAGCUCGUUAUUUAUUCGUUGUACUCUUACAUGAUUAAUAUUUAUUUGACGUU